AUGUCUUAUGAUAAAGAACUAUCUGUAGCUCUUCAAGCAUGUCUUCAAGCAGCUAGAUUAUGUGAACGUGUUCGUUCUACAAUACCAGAAGCUAUUGAAAAAGUGGAUCGUUCACCAGUAACUUUAGCAGAUUUUGGUUCACAAGCAUUAAUCUGUCAUCGAAUUCAUAAUGAAUUUCCUGAUGAUCCAAUUGUUGCUGAAGAAAAUCCAAAGGAACUAGUCAAACCUGAAAGAGCCGAUAGUCUUAAACAAAUCGUUAAUUAUGUUAAAGAAGAAAAUAACGAUGUAGAUGAAAAGAAAAUUGUUGAAUGGAUUGAAUAUGGUAAUGGUCAUGUUGGUCAACGUUUUUGGACUUUAGAUCCAAUUGAUGGUACCAAAGGUUUUAUACGUCGUGAUCAAUAUGCUAUAGCACUUGCUUUAAUUGUUGAUGGUGAUGUAAAAGUUGGUGUUUUAGCAUGUCCAGCAUAUGGUAAUGAUGGUGGUCUUAUGUUUUAUGCUGUACGUGGUAAAGGUGCUUAUUCACAAUCAAUUAAAUCCUUUGGUACAACAAUACCAACUCGUAUCUAUGUCGUUACAAAUGAUAAUAUAAAUAAUUUUCGUUUUGCUGAAAGUGUCGAAAGUAGUCAUGGAGAUCAAGCCAAACAGAAUGAAAUUGCACGUCGUAUUGGAAUUCAAACAUCACCAAUACGUAUGGAUUCACAAGUUAAAUAUGGUUUAGUAGCUUGUGGACAAGCAGCACUUUAUAUUCGUUUUCCUAAUCCACAUAAUCUAAAUUAUCGAGAAAAUAUUUGGGAUCAUGCAGCUGGUGCAAUUAUUGUUGAAGAAGCUGGCGGAAAAGUAACUGAUAUGAAUGGAAAAAUAUUAAAUUUUCGAGAUAAUGAAAAAAUGCUUGAUAAUCGUGGAAUUAUUGUUAGUAAUGGAAUUAUUCAUGAACAAAUACUUGAAGCUUUAAAAGAUUAA